AGAAGGAGAAGGAUGAGAAGAAGGAGAAGGAGAAGGAUGAGAAGAAGGAGAAGGAUGAGAAGAAGGAGAAGGAUGAGAAGAAGGAUGAGAAGAAGGAUGAGAAGAAGGAGAAGGAGGAUGAGAAGAAGGACACGGUUGAAACAGCUGUAUGGAGUGAGUUGAAACAGCUGUAAGGAGUGAUUGUCCCAGAACUGUCAGAAAUAGUCUAUUUCUGACAGUUUCUGGGACAUUCACUCCAUACAGCUGUUUCAACCGCUGUAUGGAGGGAAUGUCAUGGAACUGUCAGAAAUAGACUAUUAAAUGACAGUUCUGGGACUGUCCUUCCAUACAGCGGUUGAAACAACGGAAGUA